CCGCAAUUCGGAGUGACGGUGUACAACAAAAGCAACAACGAUACGGAUACAAAAUAAAUCUGGGUGAAUCUUGUGUCUGUUCUACUCAUAUGAUUUUUUUUUUGUUUAAAAAAAUACUCUUUACAAAAUUCAAGGUGCUGUCCAGGUUGAGGUAGCUCGGAAUCUGCUUUCCUCAAAACUUGCCACCUCAUUCUUUUACUCAGGCGCCGUUACGCUAUCUUUGAGCAAAUUGCUCCCCUCUCUCCCUGACCUAAGGAAACGGCCUAUAGAAGCGGCGGUCAGAGAGAUAACCUUUCCGCUAUGUGCCGGUUCCUGGUAUAUAAAGGAAGCGACGAGAUUCUGCUUUCCAAGCUGAUCCUCGAACCAACCCAUUCCAUCCUCAAGCAGUCCUUUGAUUCACGACUUCGCUUAGAUACACGACGCGGACAAAACAAUGCAGAUGGCUUCGGCAUCGGCUUCUACACCAACCCAAAACUCGGCGCGGCCCCCUGCCUCUUCACCUCGACUACGCCCGCAUGGAACUCCCCGAAUCUGAAUCGACUGGCGAGCAAAACAGCCUCCCGUCUUAUAUUCGCCCACGUGCGCGCCACAACAGAGGGCUCCCUUUCAGAGGACAACUGUCACCCCUUCUACCAUGGCAGCUUGAUGUGGAUGCACAACGGUGGGCUUGGCGGCUGGAAGUACAUCAAGAGGCGGCUUGGCGAGCGGCUGGCAGACCGGUGGUACCUUGGCGUCGUGGGCGGCACGGACAGCGAGUGGGCGUUUGCCCUGUUCCUCGACACGCUGGAGCGCAUGGGAUACGACCCGAGCGCGCAGCCUGAGAAGGGGUUCGGGCCAACCGUUUUGCGCAGGGCGAUGCUCAAGACCAUUGAACUGAUCAACGAGCUCAUCGACGACAUACCCGAGAGCAUCAUCCAGGCCGAGAAGGUGGACACGCGCAGCCUGCUCAACUUUGCCCUCACGGACGGGCACAGCAUCAUCUGCACAAGAUAUGUGAGCAGCGCCACCGACGAGGCUGCAAGUCUGUACUACUCGUCGGGAAGCCAGUGGGAGAACAGGCCUUCCCACGAGGACGAGUGCAACUUUCAGAUGGAGCGGCGCGACAAGGGUGCGGAUGUUGUUCUCGUCGCCAGUGAGCCAUUGACGUUUGAGAGGGAAAAUUGGGUCAACGUACCGACAAACUCAAUUCUUACCAUACACGGUCAAACAGUCAUGGUACAUCCAAUCAUGGACCAGUUCUCUAACCACAGCCCCUACCACACAAGGUCUGCCGCCUAUGUGCAGAUGAAGGGUCUGUCAGCGAACGAGAAGCUUGCCAUGACCCCGGCAUUAGAGGACGCAGCCAGAGUUUCUGCUUCUGCCAUUGCCGCUGAGGCUUUGCAACGGCGCCUCCAGGGUUCUGCAGCCCAGGCUCCUCUCCCAUAUCAACCGCGGGUGCGGCCGACUGUAGAAACCUCCUUGGAGUUGCGCUCUGUGACACAAUCCAAAGUACAACAACAACAACGACAUUCCUCCCCUAACCCUCCAUCUCAGGGCAAUAUCAAGAAGAAGAGAAGGUCGUUGAACGCCCUGGAACGGUCCCAAGGUGACCCGCACCGAGACCAAGACUCGGGGUCAGAACCGCCUACACCGUCUGAGGAACCCCCGCGGAAUAACUUUGGCGAUCCAAACAAGAUUGCGCAAUAUUUCCCGGAAUUAACUUUGUCUUGAAACCCCCGUUCUUUGGUUACUAUUUGGAGCAGGCGUCUAUACUGUUUUGAUACCCAUCCCCUAUCGGCCGUCGCUUGUUGAGUGGCAUUUUAAGGAGCUCCAGAGGCGGAGGUUCAUCGUGCCUGCUUUGCUUUCUGGAAGUAGAUUUUGAUUUGAACCGCUAGUCUACCCAGUGCCAGUGCCUCGAGAAGUCAGCCAAUGUAUUCUAUCUAUUUUCAAAGAUUCCUUUCUUCUGACUUUCACAUCCACACCUCACCGUUGAUCCAGUUAUCCACGGAUUUUACUGUUGAAAAUUACUGGCACGCGAUAAUAGUUAAACGUAUUGUGUAAUUGCUCUGCCGUUUUAGGUUGGUUUCGGCAGCCCGUUCAGAUUUCACUCUCUCGUUCUUGCCCCUUUGUUCUGGCACCAAUCCCAGGGAACACGUUCGUCAUUACCUUAUUGUCUGGUCACCAUGAAC